AUGUCAAACCUUCCCUAUGCCGCCGAUGCGGAAAGUCCGUUGAAACCUGCCGAGCUGCAAGUUCUGCGCGCACAAUAUGAGAAAGAAGGUGACUACGUGGGCAUCCAAACCAAGUUCAACUUCGCCUGGGGCCUGAUCAAAUCCAACACUCGCCCCGACCAGCAAGAAGGCGUCCGACUCCUGUCAGAGAUCUUCCGUGGCGCACCGGAACGACGACGAGAGUGUCUAUACUAUCUAGCUCUAGGCAACUACAAGCUGGGCAACUACGGCGAAGCUCGUCGAUACAAUGAUUUGUUGCUGGAAAAGGAACCGGCCAACUUGCAAGCGGCCAGUCUCGGAUCCCUCAUCGACGACAAGGUUUCCAAGGAAGGCCUAAUGGGCAUUGCGAUUGUAGGAGGCUUGGCCGUAGCCGCGGGACUCGUGGGUAGCCUGGUUUUCAAGGGAGCCAGAAGACGGUGA